CGGAAAAACUACGAAAUUUUCUCCAUUUACGACAUCCGCAACCUCUGGCGCGACAUGGUCGCGGGCGUCGCGGCGAUUCACAGCCUCGGGUUGAUCCACUUUGAUCUCAAACCCGCGAAUUUCCUCAUCGUGGACAACAUCGUGAAGGUCUCUGAUUUCGGCCUCGCGAGAGGCAUCAAUAAAGAUGAAGGAAUCACCCACGUCUCCCGGGAUCGCCAGUGCGGCACGCCGCGCUACAUGCCGCCCGAGGCGUUCUACCAGCCGGAUGAGGGAUCGGCGAGUUUGAAGAUGCGACCGGCUGCCGAUGUUUGGGCGUUGGGGAUCAUCCUCUACCAGUUAUUGUACGGUCGAGCGCCGUGCGAGCAUUUAGAGGGGUGCGGGAUGCGGGCGCAGUUCGCCGUGGCGGAUUCCCGGGUCCGGAUUCUGUACUCGAAAUCCCGGCGGUGGGAGCAGCAAGACGCGCAGUUGUUCGGCCAUCUGGUGUCUUUACUGCAGGUCACACUGCGGUGGCGUUGGGAAAGACGGUGGGACGCGCAGACGGUGUUGAAGUAUUUGGAAAUGGGAAAUGAGCAGAAUGAUGCGAGUUUGCAGCCCUGCCAAGGGACCACCAAGACCCGGAAGAGUCAAAAGCUGCUGAAAAUGCCGAAAAAUCUGGUCAAUGAAGAGGACAUGAAGGGAAAAGCGACGAAAUGGGAAGGCCAUCGGCUGUCGGACAUUCACGAAGAAGAAUUUAUCGAGCAGACGUCGUUACCGCUGCUAGCGAAACAAGAAAUGAACUAUUCCUACAACUCGACAUUCGGUGCUACGGACGCGGAGAAAGCGGAGCUAUUGGCACGACGACAGGACGGACUUGAACACUUCCAGGAUGGUCGCGGCGGCGCUACGGCGGGGCAAAUCGAGAAGGGAAUGCUUGAGACGGGUAGUGAAGAAAAGAAAAUGAGAAGCGUCAACGUCCGAGAGGUUGGACUUGGAAAUGA